GUUGUACUAUGCUGGGCUACCACAUGCAAGUAGACACUACGCUUUCAGACCCCAUGCAUCCACAUCGAUGCAGUAUCCACCCCCACGCUAAUUCCGUCGAUAAUCCACGGCUCAAGCGAGUACGAUGGCCAAUGUCGUCGCCGUUUACCCUGGUGAUCUUGUCUUCCGAAUUGAUGGGGACUGUGGGGUCGUAUCAACAUGGCAUCGUCGUCGACAUGCUGCCGUUCUUGGCAUUUGACCCGAAACGGCUCCAAAAGGAUAAGGCCCUCACACACAAGAUGCUGACAGUCGCUGGCGUGCAUAAAGUGCUCUCGACGUGGCUGACAACGUUCGGGUUCGACCGGCUCCGUCUUUUGUUUGACCGGCUUGGCUACAUGCGGUUUCUGGUGGCGUCGGACGCAGUGUACUUUGGCAACUAUCCCCUCCUGGACGCCCUACACACGUCGUUCACGUUGUCCUCAUUUCGCGGCAACUUCCUCGACCUGGCUGCGCUCGCAAAUGACUUGGAGAUGGUUCGAUAUUUGCACGAACGUGGCCACAACGGCUGCACCACGGCUGCCAUGGAUGCUGCUGCCAAAUGCGGAAACGUUAACAUGGUGGAAUACCUCGACACCCAUCGAAGCGAAGGCUGUACCGCGCACGGUUUGGCCCUGGCUACCAUUCAUGGACACACUGCUGUGGCGCGAUACCUUCAAGACAAAGGACUGGCCAAGUAUGAAAAGAACUGGCUCAUGGCUGCUCUGCAACGCAUGCGGACGCGCCAAAACUAACAGAGUAGUAAUGAACCAAUUAAUCGCUUAUUGCGGUCGUGGUAAAGUAGUUACUUCACGUAC